AUGCCAAUUGGAAAUCACAGUCCCGUUCAAUUAACCUGUGGCUAUAAUGGCCCACUAGUAUCAAAAACUGUUAUUACUUGGUAUCAAAAUAGUCGCAUUUUAGGUCAAUAUAAGCCUAGAAAUCCUCCAACUGUUAGUCAAUCAACACUUUAUAAUCUUACAUCAUCCAGCAAGGGUAUCGGAUUACAUUUAACAACCUUAAUGGUCUACAGUCAAUAUCGAUGUAGCAUUGCAACUCCAGGACAGCUAAUUUUCCUUGUCGUCAAUUUAACUAGACAAUCUGACUAUCAAUUACGUAUUGUCGGACCUUAUAAUGUUAUAGAAAGCAAAGAAUUCAUCUUAGAAUGCGUAGCAACGUUCACAUUAGGUAAUUCUAGUAGUAGGGACUACUUUCAAUGGUAUCAAAUUGGCCAACAAUCUCAAAUUCUUGUAGCAGAUGAUGAUCGCUAUAUCAAUAUUGAAAAUCGAGGAACAAGAUCGAUUUUACAUAUAACUUCUAUCAGACGAUCUGAUCUCAAGAAUUAUAGAACUACGUUUAGAUGCAGUUAUUACGGCAAUGCUGAUACUAAACAUACCUUCCAUAGUGUUUACAUCUUAUCCUUCCAGAAUAAAUCAUCAACCUGUCGAAGCCAAAUGAAAGAUGGCUACUUCUGGCCAGAAAGUCAGGCUGGCGCUGUAGUUUAUAUCAGUUGCAGAGAUAAUAAAAUUGGUAAUGCUAGCCGUAAGUGUUAUAAUAAUUUUACUGGAAGUGAGACUAAUUACUGGGGUGCUGUAUCUGUCAUCCAUUGCACCAGUAGUUCAUUUUGGACUUUGCAACAGGAGGCAUCCCGGCCGAACGCAGAAAAUUAUAACGCUACAGCUAUUUUAAGCAGAUUGCAAGCCUUAACUGAUCCAGUUGCUAAUCGCACCUUAAUUAGCGGAGAUAUUUUGGCAUCUACUUCAAUCCUGCAAAAACUAAUUAAUAUCGAAGCUGAGCAGCCUGUUCAAGCUAGCGAUACCUAUAAUUUCAUCAAGAUUGCAAGCAAUUUAAUUGACUUAAGGAAUCGGGCGCAAUGGAUGGAAAUACAGCAGGAACAGCCUGGAACAACAAAAUUAAGCCAAAUUUUAGAAUUAUUAGCUAGAAGAAUUGAUGUUGAUAACCGAACGAUCAUUAUAGCCACUGAAAACAUAGCUAUAGAAAUUAGUGCUAUAAGUACGGAAACGAACCAAAGCUAUCAUUUUCCCGGCAACACCUUUAAGCCAAUAGCUGCUACAUCAAGUAAAAUAUAUUUGGGGAAAAAAAUUCCUGCGUGGCUGAAUGGAAACGAUAUUACCUUACCUUCUUCAUUAUUUCAAGAAUAUGAACAUUCAUCCAAGAUUAAAAUAGUUAGUCUGGCUUAUAAAACAUUAAAUGAACUAUUUCCCGCAAGAAUAGACCCCAAUUUACGACCAAACUUUGAAUAUUGGACUCCAAAUACGUUGAUCAUUUCCACAUCACUUUAUCCACCACCACAACAAGAUCUAGAGGAGUCAGUUGUUUAUACCUUAAAAAAAUUAUCUAUUAACGAGUCUUGGUAUGAUAAAAAACAAUUCAUCGCAACUGAGGAGUUUUCUUGCGUAUUUUGGAAUUAUUCGAAAGGCAGAGAAGGAGCUUGGUCUGAUGAAGGAUGUAGUUUGGUCUACUUGAAUAGUACCCAUCUUUCAUGCCAAUGUGAUCAUCUAACUAAUUUUGCUGUUCUUAUGCGAUUAUCAGAAAGAAAUAAUAGUCAAGCUGUUCAAUUUUCUCUUGAAAUGAUUACUUAUUUUGGCUGCGGAAUAUCUGUCAUUGCACUAACUGCCACCUUAAUUAUCUACGGGAUUUUGUGGAAGUAUGAUAACUUAAUUCCUAAUUCUCAGCUAAAUUGCAAUGCCAUAUAUGCCUUUAAAUGCCGAUAUUUAAAGAACCCAACCAAUAAAAUCCAUAUGAAUCUAUUUGCCUGGAUGGUUAUACCAAAUAUGAUAAUAAUGGUGGUCGAUUUAGCGAAGAAUAUCAAGGUCUUGUGCGCAAUAUUAGCGUGCAUAUUACAUUUUUCAUUGCUAACUACAUUUAUGUGGAUGUUAAUUGAGGGAAUUCACCUUUACUUGGUUUUGAUUAAAGUAUUUGAUGUUAAUGAAAAAUUUUUAUACUACAAUUUGGGGGCAGUAGGUAUUCCUGCAUUAGUAGCUGUUCCAACCAUAGUUAUUAAUUGUGGAAUCCAUAGCGUCGAUUUUUAUUUAAGUACCCAAGGCUGCUGGCUAUCUGCUAAAAAUUGGAUUAUUCUUUCCUUUAUAAUCCCAUUUGCCUGUAUAUUCGUGGCCAACAUUAUUUUUUGUGUGAUGGCAAUCCAUACCAUAUUGCAUACGCAAAAAAUAUCGGCUGAUGCCAAAAAAUUACAUAAAAUUAAGAUUGCGUUAAGAGGUCUAACUAUUCUAACGCCAGUCCUUGGCUUAACUUGGUCUUUUGGCUGUCUUCUUUUACUAUGGGAUAGUCCUUUCGUCCAAUAUUUGUUUGCAAUUACCAAUUCGUUACAGGGCUUAUGUGUUUUCCUGGUUUACUGUCUUUUUAAUCAUAAUGUUCAGGAAGCAUAUCAAAAAUAUCGAAAUCACAGUAAAAAGUUAGCUAUUAGCUCUGAUAAACCUGGCUUCAUAGUAGAAAAGUUGACAGAACCUCAAAGACAUAAUUUAGAUUCUAGUCGGAAAAAUCAAGCAGAUAAAGGCACCAUUCAAACUUGUACAUCGGAAUUUAAACGAUCAUCGCCAUUACUAUCGGCGAAUAGCCAAGAAUUGGGUGAUGAAAGUCUUCACAAAUCGAACAAUUCAUUAAAGACAAUAUCAGAAUCGGCAUUAGAAAUUACCAAUCAUUCCCCAAAUAGAAAUAAUAGUUUAACAGAUAGUCUUGCUAGUAGUACACAAAGUCAAGAAUCAUUGCAAGUCAAGGAUGAAAUUGAUGAAGAUUCAAAGGAUCAAAAAUCAAGUAAUAGUGAUUGUGAUGGCUCAGGCGAAGAAAAAUCUUCACCUAAUCCGAGGGAAUAA